AUGCUGAUACGCUCCGCUACUGGCGAAACAUUGCCCGACACGGAAUAUUCGGCGCAGGAGCAUAAAACUUGGGAAACAGCAUUUAAUAAGCUGAAAUCGAUGCAUGCGUCACAUACCUGUGUGGAGUAUCAACAAAAUUUUCAGCAAAUGGAGCGAGAGGGCCUUUUGGAGCCCAGCCGAAUACCGAAACUGUCGCUUAUCAAUAAAUAUCUUCAGCGUCGAACCGGAUUCUCACUCCGUCCUUGCGCCGGGCUUCUUUCAGCUCGAGACUUUUUGGCGAGCUUGGCAUUUCGUGUCUUUCAGACUACUAUGUACGUUCGUCAUCACAAAUCGCCGCACCAUAGUCCAGAACCAGACUUGGUUCACGAAUUUCUUGGCCACUGUCCAAUGUUCGCUGAUCCGAUCAUUGCUCAGUUUUCACAACAAAUCGGUCUUUUAUCAUUGGGUGCAACCGACGAACAGAUCGAACAACUUGCCACUGUCUAUUGGUUCAUAAUUGAAUUUGGCCUCUGUCGCCAGGACGGUCAACUGAAAGCUAUCGGAGCUGGCCUGCUUUCUUCCUACGGCGAGCUGAUGGUGCGUACUUCAAUUCAUCCACUGUUGCAUUUGCUUCUGAUGGCAAUGAAGAGAUAG